CGUUUAUAUAAAGUAUAACGAGCAUAGUAGCAUCAAGGUGGACGUGCCGGAGUGGUUAUCGGGCAUGACUAGAAAUCAUGUGGGCUUUGCCCGCGCAGGUUCGAAUCCUGCCGUCCACGCUUUUGUUUUUCAGUAUUUUGUUCUUCAAUUCAAUCAAUGAACUGAUUGAAGGAAAAAUCCAUGGAGUUUUGGACUGAAAAACCAUGGUGGGAAUGAGAAAGGGAACCCCAAAAACAAAAGGGUAUUUUCUUUUCAUUUUACUCAGAGCUACUUCUAUGAACAAUAAUAAUAACAGCAAUGUCAGUAGAGUGAUACUGAAUCACUGUAAUACUCUCAAACAACUUCACCAACUUCACGCUCACUCCAUCGUCACCGGCUUCCUCUCUUCUUCUCAUACCCAUUUAUUGCUCACCACUUUCCUCUUUUCUGCAACUUCACUUUUUCAUAACAACAACAACAAUAAUGAUAAUAAUAGUAAUGGCAAAGUGACUGGAUUGAGCUACGCACUCUCUAUUUUCAACCUCAUUCAAAACCCAUCUACCUUUUCAUUCAACAACAUCAUCAGAGCUCACUCUCUCUUCUCCUCACCGCUCCAAGCUCUCAUCCUCUUCUCCCGCUUGCGUCGACUCUCCCUUUCUCCUGAUUUUCACACCUUCCCCUUUGUCCUCAAGGCCUGCGCUCAGCUGGGCACCGAGAAUACCGGCGCCAUUUCCAUAGCCCGAGCUCUUCACUCCCAGUCCCUUAAGUUUGGCUUCAAGGAGGAUUCUUUUGUUUCCAACGCUCUCAUCCGUGUCUACUCCGUCUGCAGAUGCCUCUCUGACGCGUGCCGGGUAUUCGAUGAGGAUCCUCAACUCAGGGAUAUUGUCUCUUACAACACAAUAAUCGAUGCGUUUGCUAAAGCAGGUGAAAUUUCGGGUGCCCGUAAAGUGUUCGACGAAAUGCACCUGAGAGACUCUGUUUCUUGGGGUACCAUCUUAGCUGGUUAUGCACAGAGUAAUCAGUGUGAGGAGACAAUUCGGCUCUUUUAUCAAAUGCUUGAAUUGGAUAUUCGUCCGGAUAACAUUGCCUUGGUUUCGGUUCUCUCUGCUUGUGCCCAGUUGGGUGAUUUAGAACGAGGUUGCACUAUACACGAUUACAUUACUACAAAUGGGAUUCGUCUAGAUUCCUUCUUAACUACAGGAUUGGUCGAUUUGUACGCCAAGUGUGGUUGUAUUGAGCUUGCGAAAGAGAUAUUUGACUCGAGUUUAGACAAAAAUUUAUGUACGUGGAAUGCCAUGCUAGUUGGGUUUUCAAUGCACGGUCUUGGCCAGCAAUCACUAAACUAUUUCACUAGAAUGAUUGAAGCGGGAGUUAAACCAGAUGGGGUUAGCUUUCUGGGAGUGUUGGUGGGUUGCAGCCAUGCUGGUCUGGUAGAUGAAGCCAGAAAGCUCUUCAAUGACAUGGAAUGUACGUACAAUGUUUGUAGAGAGCAAAAACACUAUGGAUGCAUGGCUGAUUUGCUUGGUAGGGCUGGUUUGAUAGAAGAAGCAAUGGAGAUGAUUAGGAAGAUGCCAAUGGGGGGUGAUGUGUUCGUGUGGGGUGGGCUGUUGUCAGGCUGUAGGCUUCAUGGGAAUGUUGGGGUUGCUAUGAAAGCAGCAGAGCGUGUGAUGAAGCUGAAACCGGACGAUGGCGGUGUGUAUUCGAUCAUGGCGAGUGUGUAUGCGAAUGCUGAGCAGUGGGAGGAUGUGGUGAAGGUGAGGAGGUGGAGGGAGUCCAAGAAAGUGAAGAAGAAUGCUGGUUGUAGUUUGAUUCGAUUGGAAGGAGUUACUCAUGAGUUUGUUGCUGGGGAUACAUUGCAUCCCCAAACUGAUGAGAUAAAUUCAAUUUUGAAUAUUGCAUGUAAAGAUACCAAUUUCAGACAUUCUACCUAAAUAUGUGUAUAAUAACUUGGUCUCCCAAUUCAACAAUCUUCAACUUGUUCCAGCUUUUAAGUAGC